GUCCACAUGGGUCUGUUGGCGGAGCAUCUUUCUUGUUAAAAACCCUAGAUUUGGAGGUACACAGAACUUGACACUUUUGCUAUGGGCAAGCGCGGGACCCGGAGCCAGAGCCAGCUGCUUAACACACUGACGAAAAAGCAGAAGAAGCACCUUCGGGAUUUCGGCGAGGAGCAUCCCUUCUACGACAGGGUUUCGAGAAAGGAAGUAAAACCACAGAUCUGUCACUUGCCAGAGAGUUCGGAUACUUCAAAUUCGGAAAGUGAAGCAGAGAGUGAACCAGAACAAGUUUCUGGGUACCGUAAACUGCUUGCUACCUUAAAGAAUGUCUCUGAGGAGGAAGAGGAAGAAGAGGAGGAGGACGAGGAGGAGGAGGAAGAAACUGGACAUGAAGAGUCAGAAAUGAGCGAUGAAGGCGAUGAUGGUGACACCAGUGUGGAAGAAGAGGUAGCGGCAGUGUCUGCUGAACUUGAGGAAAAUAAAGCCUUAUCUACUGAUGCUGAAGAAAAAGCGGGGGAAGGGCCAUCUGACUCAUCCAAACAAGAAUCCCCAGAGGAGUUCACAGAUGCAAAACACGAGUCACGGUUCAGCCUGGAAACCAAUUUUCUGGAGGAAGAAAGUGGAGGCAACUGUCCUCUGAAAGCAUCACAAGAUCCAUUUUUCCAGCACGUGAGCAGAGAACUGAAAGAGAAGGAAAUCCAGGCUGUUGCCACAAAUCCCAAAACUUCCCAACAACUGAAAUGGCCCACCCUAGGCCAGGUUGUCUUUUCAUCCAAGUUUCAGAAGUUGGAAACAUUUAAGCCCCCAAAGGACAUUGACUUAAAAUCACUUCAUCUCCAGAAGCCUCUAGAAUCCACCUGGACCAAGACCAAUAGCCCGUUCCUAUCUGGAGUCCCCAAAUCAAGUAGUCCUUUCACUCCCCUCCAGAAAGAGCUUUUCCUGAUUAUGAAUUCUUACCGGGACCUGUUCUACCCAGAGAGGACUGCCUUGAGGAACGGUGAAGAGAUCCGCCAUGUGUACUGCCUGCACGCCAUCAAUCACAUCCUCAAAGCCAACGGCCGGGUACUGGGCAACAAUAGCAGGCGCCGAAGCCAGAAAUUCGGAGUGGGUGAUGAUGAUGACUUCAGGGACCAAGGACUCACAAGGCCCAAGGUGCUGGUAGUGGUGCCUUUCCGGGAAGCUGCACUGCGGGUGGUACAGCUCUUCAUCAGCCUCCUAGAGGGCGACAGCAAGAAGAAAAUCAUCGUGAGCAACAAAAAGAGGUUUAAGGGAGAGUAUGGCUCCGAUCCCGAGGACAGACCACCCAACCUGAAGAGGCCAGAGGACUACGAAGCUGUGUUUGUUGGCAACAUCGACGACCACUUCAGGAUCGGAGUUGCAAUACUUCAGAGAAGCAUCCGGCUCUAUGCCCCGUUUUAUUCCUCGGACAUCCUCAUUGCCUCCCCUCUGGGCUUGAGGACCAUCAUUGGUGGAGAAGGAGAGAAGAAGAGAGAUUUUGACUUUCUGUCGUCUAUUGAGCUGCUCAUCAUUGAUCAAGUUGAUAUUUACCUGAUGCAGAACUGGGAGCAUGUCCUGCACUUGAUGAAUCACAUGAACCUCCUGCCCCUGGACUCACAUGGAGUGGACUUCUCCCGAGUUCGGAUGUGGAGCCUCAAUAACUGGUCCAAGUACUAUCGCCAGACAUUGCUGUUUGGGGCUCUGCAGGAUGCCCAGAUCAACUCUGUGUUCAACAAGCACUGUUUGAAUUUGCAAGGCCAGGUGGCCGUGAGGCACAUCCCGAUGACCGGCUCCAUCAGCCACGUGCUGGUGCAGCUCCCACAUGUCUUCCAAAGGAUGGAAGUGGAAAACCUCGCUUCAGUGAUUAAUGCCAGGUUUAAUUUUUUCGUGAACAAGAUUCUGCCUCAGUAUCGUGAUGCAGUCAUGUCUCACACACUCAUCUAUGUCCCCUCCUACUUUGACUUUGUGCGUCUCCGAAAUUACUUCACGAAGGAAGAGCUGAACUUCACCCACAUCUGCGAGUACACGAAGAAGUCUGCGGUCUCCAGGGCCAGGCACUUCUUCCUGCAAGGAGCGCGGCAGUUUCUGCUGCUCACAGAGCGGUUCCAUUUCUACAAGAGGUAUACAAUAAAAGGCAUUAGGAACCUGAUUUUCUAUGAACUGCCGACGUAUCCCCACUUCUACAGUGAGGUCUGUAACAUGCUGAAGGCCGCCAGCAGAGGAGAGGAAGCCACGUGGACCUGUACUGUUCUCUACUCCAAGUACGAUGCCCAGAGGCUCGCAGCUGUGGUUGGCGUGGAGCGGGCAGCGCAGAUGCUACAGUCCAAGAAGAAUGUCCACCUCUUUAUUACUGGAGAAAAAUGAAGCAGGACAUGGCAUCUGUUAAGAUGCUCAUCUAUAAUGCUCAAUUGUGUGCCAUUUGGACCCUCACCCAAUCCUGAUGAGUCAUACAGGAGAGGGAUUGAUGUAAGAAAAGGUCGUCAGACAGCAUCAGGGUUACCUGAUAGAUUACUUCUCCUCAGGCCUUGUGUUCCUGAGGAGUUAAACGUAAACCGAUUUUGGUACGUCACGGCUGUCGGAGUUCAGAAAGGACUAGAAGGACUCUGAAGUUAGCAGGAGAAACCUCUAUGUGUGAUUCAUUCCGUGCGCCAUAAAUUAUUUUAUCAUGAUUUGACCUCUCUGACACGUCUUUAAAAUACAGCACAUACGUCAUUGCUUUUAAGAACUGGCUUUGAAAAGUUGGAAUACAACUACCUUAAUAGUGGCUUAAUUUGGGAUCAAAUUUGCAAAAUUGUUUUCCCCCAGUCAAGCUUUUUUUUAACUGACAAAAUUCUAGUAUCAUGUAACCUUUGAAAUUACUCACUUUUUUUUUAAUCUACUCACUAAUUAGCAGUAAUAUUAAUUAUAGCAUUAUUAAGUAUUUUGGUUUGGUUUAAAAUGCAUGCUUAUAAUCAUGUUGGUUAUAGGCUAAAAUAAUUUUGUUCAAAAUUAUUACAUCCAUCUUAAACAAUGUUUUCAUCUCAGCCGUGUUUUGUUUUUUUUCUUCAGUCAUGUAACAGUUCAAAGUGAAGAAGAGAUUGUUUUAAAUGUAGCUCUUUCAAACACAUUUUUAUUUGGAAACAUUUGCAGACGUACUAAAAAGUUACAAGUACAGAAGAAAGACCUGUAUUCUUUAUGAACAACUGGAGGGCAAAUUGCCAGCCUGAUGGGCUUAUCACCUUCAGGUGCUUUAGUGAAUAUUUUCUAUAAACAAGAACGUUCUCCCGUGUCACCCCAAUGCAACCAUCAAAAUCAGGACUUUCCCAUUGAUACCUUUUUGCCACCGUAAUCCUUGGAGGCUAUCCCAGUUCUGCCAAAUGCCCCCAGAUAACAGAAGGAAGCAGGUCACGAUGUCUCUUAGUAGCCUCUACUGCAGACUGGUCACCCCAGUUUUCACCAGCUUUGAUGGCCUUUGAAAAUCACAGGUCGGUUAUUUUGCCGGCUGUUGUUUCCCCUGGUGGUUAGAUUCAGGUUAUGCCAUGCUGGGCAGGAAACUCACCAAAGCGAUGCAGUGUCCAUGGUGCAUCCCUCCAGCUGCCAUGACUGUAGCCACCCAUGGCUGAUAGAUACUGCUGGCUCGAGUACCUGCUUACAACGGUAUUGCACUUCUUUUGAUUAUAUCUGUACGAAGCACACCAGUUUCCCUUUUGAUUGAAUGGGUUAAGACCCAUGACUACCAUUAUCUCAUCAGAUGCCUAAAUGAUCUUAAAUAUGGCCGCUGGGAGCAUCUUCAAGCUGGCUCCUGUAUCUUUUUUCUUUUCUUUUAAUGGUGCAAAUGUAUAUGACAGACAUGCCACUCCACAGUUUCUACAGCUACAAUUCAGUGGCCUUGAUGCUAUUCUUCAAGUUGUGCAACCGUUCUUGCUCUCCUUUUGUGAAUGAUCCCAUUGCUGUGAACAUAAACUCAGUGUCCUGUG